CACGACGAGAAGAGGACCAAGUUUCUUGAAUGGCUACGGCGGAAUCUAUAUAGCAUUGGGUUUCGAGGCGAUUUGACAUUGCUGUACGAACACGGUUAUCACGCGGCUACGCUAAAGAUAACUUGUGAAUCCCCAACCGAGAAGGCUAAUACGCGUACGCAGACGGCUGCCUCUCCUCGCUAAGUUAUUUCCUACGUUCACACCCGAGCCAAUCUAAGUUCACCGAGACUGCGGCGUGACCGAGUUUUCCGACGUAACUCGAGAGUUAAAUAAGGUUGUCACUGCAAGCCACGACACCGAAGCUCCCGAUGGCGUGGGUACAUUUGCGGUGACAGGUCAUUUUGGCUUUUCCCAUGAGGUAUUAAUACCGGCCAUGCAGUUUGCUCAGCCUCUGCUCUCCCACCCUCCGGAUGUUCGUUACCAGACCACUACGGCCGUUUCGGCAGAUCAUCAUGCGCAAAAUGCGCACUCUCAUCACGUGGAUCAAGAAGGCCUUCCCGCGUAGGCGCAGAGAAACCGCAACAGAGGACGACGCCGAUAGCGACGACGAGAUCAAAGAAUCGGAUACGGCUAACACGGAGGACGCAGCAGAACAAGUCGACACGGGCCAGCAACUUGAAAAGCAGCACCCCCGACAUCUGUCUCGGCAAAUGCUCCUCACCCUCCGAGAAAUGGAGAGCACCGGGAUGGACCCCUUGAUAGCGGCCCUUGUCUACAACAUGAAGCACAGCCCCAUCCACCGAUUGCCCGACGAGCUUGUGCUUCAAGUUCUUCGCUGCAUAGGCGACGAUCCGCUCACCAUGCUCUGCCUCCGGCGAGUGGCAAGGAGGUUUCGGCGCAUCAUUGACGAGCCAGAAAUCUGGAAGGUCAUGCGUAUGGGGCCUUCAUGGACAUCCAGAAUUUGGAUUUCGGAGUGCUUGUGCUCUCUUCCGAAAGACGUGGGGGACGAACUUCUGCCUCGAAUAUAUAUGGAUGGAAUGUGCGACGAAUGCAUCCUCCAGCCCGGUGUUCCUAACAAAGGGGGAUGGCUCCAGCGUCGUGGGAUGUGCCAGCAUGUAAACAUUUCGUGGGCCGACAUCGAACCCUACAUUUCCAAAUGGCAGCAGCAGCAAAAUUCCCACGACGGCCAAGUCUGCCUUGACGGCUUCAGGAGUGAGUGCCGAGACCCCAGCCACGACAUGCGCUGCAGAGCCAAGGGUGCUCCAACCUGGCCCCGAGCCAGUCUCAAUGCGGAGUCCCAGCCACCAAACUGCGUGGAGUUACUAUUCGAGUGGACCCCCCCUAGCGGGUUCGGCGUCGUUUCCCUCACGCCGGAAGGGCGGAUGCCCGCAUCGGAAGUGAGGAGGCUGUUCCAGAGGCAUCGACAAGGCGCAGCGGAUAUAAUUUUCCCCUCUCGACCUCACCUUCCACUACCCGAGAUGGCAUGCUUCAACUUCGCCGGGUGUCAGUGCCUCCUCUACGAGACAGGGGGCGACCAGAGCUUGAUUCUCGCCCGCCCAUCCAAGCGAACGAGACAAAUCUUCCGUCGAGACUCCUUCAGCCCUUGUCCGGCUAGCCACAGUUUCGGCAGAUGUCACGGAUCAUAUUUUUUUGGAGAGCAUGUAACUAUGCGGAGAUCAUGUUCUCAGAUCCAACCGGACUCCGUCUGUUUGGUCGCCUACUACUCAAGGAGCAUUACAGUCCACACCAGCGUGAACAGGAAAAGCGGCAUUGCCGUCACUCCCGGACCCGACUGGUAUCACGCUGUUGACCCCGACUUGUCCCCAUCCUCGCUACAAGGCUUACCGAAGAUGCUGUGCAGAGACAAGAGCUGUAUCAACUAUUAUCGAAGCCCGUCAUCUUUUGCUUGCCGAUUUCGUAGAUAAAUUAAAGGAAUGUAGAACAGAAAGCAACUACCAAAAUUUGUACCCAAAGCCGG